GGCAGCCGGGCCGGAGCGGAGGAAGAAGAAGGUAGAGGGCAUGCCGUCUAAGAAUCUAAUGGCGGAGAGGCGAAGGCGAAAAAGGCUUAAUGAUCGGCUCUCUAUGCUUCGAUCUGUUGUUCCUAAGAUCAGCAAGAUGGACAGAACAUCGAUAUUAGGGGACACCAUUGAUUACAUGAAGGAGCUGCUUGAGAAAAUCAAGAGAUUGCAGGAGGAUACAGAAGCAGGUGUAGCGGAACAAGCCAAUCUUCUUGGCCUAUUCAAGGAGCUAAACCCUAAUGAGAUCUUAGUCAGGAACUCCCCGAAGGUCCCAAACCAUCGAAUAUGCCUCCAAGAAGAAAUAUGCCCGAGCCUACCCAAGACAAGAUACGACUAAAACUUUGUCAUCCAACAAAGAGUUGCAGAAAUUGAAGAAAUAACACAUGAAGAAGUUACCUUCCAUAGGGAUAAUUUCAACAAUGAAGAAAAACCAUGAUAUUUCGGAAUCCAAUAUUAGAGGAGGCCUAAAGAAGGAUACAUGCGUCCCUUCCAUAAGGAAACUUUUUGAGAAGAGAUCACGAGAUCAAGGUAGAUUUGCCCGAGUUUGAGGGAAGCAUGGAUCCAGAUGAAUUUAUCGAAUGGCUACAGGCAGUUGAGCGGAUUUUUGAACAAAAAAAGGUGCGUGAAAAGAGGCGGGUCAAAUUAGUUGCUAUCAAAUUAAAGAAAAAUGUCUCCCUAUGAUGGGAAAACGUACAACGACAGAGGAGACGAGAAGACAGUGAAAUAUCAGAUGAAGAAAAUCAUGCAGAAGAAAUAUCUUCCCCUAAAUUAUCGCCAAGACUUGUUUUUGAAACUCCACAAUCUAAAACGGAGAGACCUUUUAGUAAAGGAGUUCACAACUUUGUUUGACCACUCAGCUCAAGUGUGAUCUGACAAAGCCUGAGAAGAAAUCAUUAGCAAAAUAUCUUCGGGGUUUCAAGCCUAGUAUCGACAAUUUGGUGCAGCUACUGCCGUACUGGACGCUGAAGGAUGUUCAGACAUUGACAUUGAAAGAAGAAAUGGAACAGAAACAGAAGCGAAGCCAGGCAUCCAUCACCUGCCAGACACCCAAAGUUGGAGAUACCGGCAAGAGCAUGCCGCAGAGGGUUGAGAAAAUUAGUUCGGAUACGGAUAAAACCACCUCUAGUGAGAAGAAGUCGACAACAGUGUUCACUAGAAAAUGCUUCAAAUGCCACAGGUUUUGACACAUAGCCUCUAGUUGCUCGACGAGCAAAGUUGUAUCUUUUACUGAACAGGGCGCUGUGGAAGAGUUGUAUCUUUUAGCGAGGAGCAGUAAGCUGAGGAUUAGGAUGAGGAGCAUUAGCUUCCAUCAGAUGAGGGAGAAACACUUGUGAUUUGACAUAUUUUGCAGGUCGAGGUCACGAGGGAUCCGCAGUUGCUUCGCCACAUCAUUUUCUACACUCACUGCACAAUGAAUAAAAAUGUAUGUGGUUAUAUCAUUGACACUGGUAGCAGUAAGAAUAUAGGACUAAUGACUCAGAGUCAUUCCCAGUCAUAUUCACUGAGGUAGCUGAAGAUGCAAAAUAGGGUCAGCAUUGACCGACAAUGUCUAAUAGAGUUUUAAAUAGGGAGUCAUCUGCAGAACAAGGUAUGGUAUGAUGUGAUCCCCAUGAAUGCCUGCCACAUUCUGCUAGGAAAAUCAUUACAAUUUUACCGGAAGACGCAGUAUGAUGGAUUCAAAAACACGUAUUCCUUCACCAGGGAUGGCAAGCGCUUCAUUCUACUUCCUUCGAUAGCGCUCGAGGAGAUAGGAGCUCUUACUAGCAGAGUAGCGGGAUCAGUUUUAGUGACAAUUGGUUCUCUAGCAUCAUGGUCACCACCAUGCAAGAAAUUUUAGUCCCAGAAGAUCGGACCAAGAUGGAUGUGUGCUCACAAAUGCUUUGGGAGGCAGUACAGUCGACAGUGGGAUCCAGGUGUUCCCAUGAUUAAAGACAAGGGCCAGAAGCUUCAACAAGUGAGGUCGAAGCUCCUUCAACCCC